CAAGAGAGAGAAUACACACACUCGCUUUGUAGCCCAAAAAAUUUUACAACGUAAUUUAUAAAAAUUAAAUCAUCAAGUGUUUCGUUUUAAUUAAAUAAAAAUGUCAAAACGUACUCCAACACAAAAAAACACUUUAUUUAAUUAUUUUAAAUCACCAAAAAGUGUCGAUCCAAAAAAAGAUGAUAAACCAACAUCAACAGCCAAGGAUAAAACACCAACAACUCCCAAGCGUGCACCAACAACAUCAAGAUUAAGAGGUGCAGUAAAAGGAAAGGAAAAUAAAACUGAUAAAAAAGAAGAAAAAAAAACAGCAUCAAGAAGAAAGCUUGUAAAAUCAAAGCCAAGUGAAGAUGAUGAUGAUGAUGAUGAGGAUUCCAAAGAGGAAAAAAAACCAGCAAAAAAAACAGCAUCAAGAAAAAAGCCUGUAAAAUCAAAGCCAAGCAAAGAUGAUGAUGAUGAUGAAGAAGAAGAUGAAGAUGACAAUGAUCAAAAGAAAAGUAAAGAAAAAAAAAGAGUUACAAGAAAAAGACCUUUAAAAUCAAAAUCAAAUGAAGAUGAUGAUGAUAAUAAAAAUAAUAAAAUGGAUGAAUCAGAUGAUGAAGAAGAAGAAAUUGAAGUUAGUAAACCAAAAAGAAGAAGAAUUAUUAUUCCAGAUGAAGACAGUGAAGGUUGUGAUUCAUCAGAUGAUUAUCAACCAUCAGAAUCUGAGGAUGAAGAUGAUGCUACUGAAUCAGAAUUUUCAGAAAAUGUUACAGAGAGUGAUGCAUUUACUGAAGAAACUGAAGAAGAAGAAACACCAAAAAAAAAAUCAAGAUUAUCUCAACCAAAAAGUAAAUCAUCAACAGCAACAGCAACAAAAACAACAACAGUUAUAAAAAAACAAACAAAGGAUGAUAAUUUUCAACUACAAAAAGCACCAGCUAAAACUGGUCCAGCAUCAGGUGGUGAUACAUGGCCACAUCUUAAUUAUGAUUUUCUUCAACCAGAUAAAAUACGUGAUAAAGAACGUAGAUUAAAAACAAAUCCUGAUUAUGAUUAUCGUACAGUAUAUGUACCAGAUAAAUUUUUAGAUAAUCAAACACCAGCAAUGCGUCAAUGGUGGAUACUUAAAAGUCAAUAUUAUGAUUGUGUAUUAUUUUUUAAAGUUGGUAAAUUUUAUGAAUUAUAUCAUAUGGAUGCUGUUAUUGGUGCUAAAGAACUUGGUAUAUCAUAUAUGAGAGGUGAAUGGGCACAUUCAGGUUUUCCAGAAAUAGCAUAUGGUAGAUUUUCAUGUAUGCUUAUUGAAAAAGGUUAUAAAGUUGCUAGAAUUGAACAAACUGAAAAUCCAGAAAUGAUGGCUGAACGUUGUAAAACAAGUAAAAAAGUUACUAAAUUUGAUAAAGUUGUUAGACGUGAAAUAUGCCAAGUUAGUACAUGUGGUACACGUAUUGCAACAGUACAAGAUCCAGAAAUAAUAACACCAUAUUCAAAUUAUUUAUUAUCAAUUAUUGAAAAAAUUGAUACCAAUACAAAGCUAUCAACAUAUGGUGUUUGUUUUAUUGAUACAACAAUUGGUGAAUUUCAUUUAGGACAAUUUAAUGAUGAUCGUUGUAAUUCACGUUUAUUAACAUUACUAAGUCAUUAUACACCAGUUCAUGUUGUUUAUGAAAGAGGUAAUUUAUCACAAGAUACAAUGAAAAUAUUAAAUACAUUAUUAUCAACAGCAAUUAAAGAACCAUUACAAAAAGAUGUACAAUUUUGGUCAUCAACAAAAACAUUAAAAGCAUUAAAUGAAGGUGAUUAUUUCAAGGAUGAUAAUACAAAUGAAAUAACAUGGCCAAAUGAAUUAAAAUUAUAUUUAAGUGAUGAUGAUAGUUUGAAUUUAACACCAGCAAAUAAUAAAGAACUUGCUGUUAAAGCACUUGGUGGUUGUAUUUAUUUAUUAAAAAGUUUUGUACUUGAUCAACAGUUAUUAUCACAAAAACAUUUUCAAACAUAUACACCACCUGAUACAUCAUUUAUUGAUGAAAAUAAAAGUAGUGUUGGUAUACCACCAGUUAGUAGUAUGGUACUUGAUGCAAUUACAAUUCAUAAUUUACGUAUAUUUGGUAAUGAUGCAUCAUUAUUAAAAACACUUGAUCAUUGUUGUACAGCAUUUGGUAAAAGAUUAUUAAAAGAAUGGAUGUGUCGUCCAUCAUGUCGUAAAAAUAUCAUCAUGCUAAGACAAGAAGCUGUUACUGAGUUAACAUAUCAACCAGAUAUUGUACAAGAAGUUAGAAAAUUAUUAAAUAAUUUACCUGAUUUAGAGAGAUUAUUGAGUAAAAUUCAUACACAUGGUAAUGCAUCAAGAAUGAAAAAUCAUCCAGAUGGUAGAGCAAUUAUGUUUGAAGGACAAAUAUAUUCAAAAAGAAAAAUUGUUGAUUUUAUAACAGCAUUAAAUGGCUUUGAAAUUGUAACAAAAAUUAUUAAAAAAUUUCAUAUAUGUGAAAGUGAAUUAUUAAAAAAAACAACAAUGAUUGUACCAGAUGGUGAAUUUCCAGAUAUUCAAGAAACAUUAGAACAUUUUAAAACAGCAUUUGAUCAUGAAGCUGCAAAAAAAAUUGGUAGUAUUGUACCACAAAAAGGUGUUGAUGCUGAAUUUGAUAAAAGUAUACGUGAAUUUGAUAUAAUUAAACAAGAAAGUGAAGAUUAUUUAAAAAAACAAAUGAAACAUUUUGAUGGUAAAGUAACAUUUGUUGGUAGUGAUAAAAAACGUUAUCAACUUGAAGUACCAGAAUCAAAAUGUCAUAAAGCAACAUCAAAACAUGAAUUACAAGGACAAAGAAAAGGUUUUAAACGUUAUUAUACUGAUGAAACAAAAGAAUUUUUAUCAAGACAAAUAAAAGCUGAAGAAUAUCGUAAUAAUAUAUUAAAAGAUUUAAAUCGUCGUGUAUUUUCAAAAUUUAGUGAAAAUUAUGAUUUAUGGAGUAUAGCUGUAUAUAAAAUAGCUAUAUUAGAUGUAUUAUUAUCAUUUUGUGAAUAUGCUAAAAGUGUUGAUACAUGUAUACCAGAAAUAAUUGAUAAUGACACUGAAAUAUGUACAAUAAUUAAAGAUGGUAAACAUCCAUGUAUACAAAAAGAUAAUUUUGUAUCAAAUGAUACUAGUUUAGCUGGUGAUGAUACAGCAUCAUUAGUUAUAUUAACUGGUCCAAAUAUGGGUGGUAAAUCAACAUUAAUGCGUCAAGUUGGUUUAUUAACUGUUAUGGCACAAAUGGGUUGUCAUAUACCAGCAAGUAGUUGUAAAUUAUCAAUAACUGAUCGUAUAUUUACAAGACUUGGUGCUAGUGAUGAUUUAUUAACUGGUAGAAGUACAUUUCUCAUUGAACUCAGUGAAACAGCAACAAUAUUACAACAUGCUAGUAAAAAAUCAUUGGUAUUACUUGAUGAACUUGGUAGAGGUACAUCAACAUAUGAUGGUACUGCUAUUGCUGCUGCUGUUGUUAAUUCAUUAACAAAAUUAAAAUGUCGUACAUUAUUUUCAACACAUUAUCAUUCACUUGUUGAAGAUUAUAAAAAAAGUCAUGAUGUAUCAUUGGCAUAUAUGGCAUGUCAAGUUGAAGCUGAUGAAGAUGAUGAAAUAACUGAAGAAACAGUUACAUUUUUAUACAAAUUUGUACCAGGUGCUUGUCCAAAAUCUUAUGGUUUUAAUGCAGCAAGACUUGGUGGUGUUCCAUCAGUUAUUAUUAAAAGAGCUACUGAAAUUGCUAAAAAACUUGAAAAAGAAGCUAAUCAACGUAAUAUGUUUUCAGCUUUAUGUCGUGCUAAUUCUGAUGUUAAAAGUAUUAUCAGUAAACUUAAAAAUACUGUUCUUGUUUAAAUAUUCAUCAUUGCCAUUUUUUUUUUUUAACUUGCAAUUGUUCGACUUGUUUUUUUUUUUUUUAAAUAACUUAUCAACAUUAAUUAAAAUUAAACCAGUAAUUUUUUAAUAAUAUUAUUAGCUUUUUCUCUGCGCAGGACGCUUUCAUUUAUAAUACUUUUUUUAAAAAUACAUUUACUCAUUCAUUCUACAGUCGAACAAUUGCUUUUCUAUUUUUAUAAAAAUUAGAUGUAUGUGUUUUUUGUAAUAAAUAAAAAAUUUGAAUGCUUACAAAAUUUUUUUUAUUUCAUUUUCAGAGUACAAAAGAGAAAUAAUCACGACUAAUGUGAUG